GUGCUUGGCGAGGCGGGAGUGUGGCCGCGCCUCCGGGGGAGCCGACGCCGCUAGAGGGCAGGGGCGGCACCCGCACGUCGAGCAGGCAGCGCCUUUCCGCUUUUGACUCACCCCUUCGGCUUGGGCUCUCCUCUCUUUCUCGCACACCCACCUACGCACGCAGGCAGGGUAGGCAAAAUCCCGAGCCGAGGACAGCGCCGAAGUCCGGGCCGGAUAAGCAGCGGCGGCAGCGGCAGAGUUCCAGACAGAUGGCUCUUUUUAAAAGAAAAGGAUUCUAACCCAUCUUAAAGAGCUUCCAGAAAGUUUGCCCCACAAAGCAGUAAUCUGAGGGAAUAACUGACAGCUUGUGCAAGAUGUUUGAAUGAACACGGUGAAAUAGAAGCAGCCUCCCAUCCGCAACACAAAUAGCAAUCAAGUCUGGAAGAAGAAGGGGGGGCACACCAUGUGUGGAGCUGUUGAUGAGUAGCACAUGGCUUGGGAGCGGAGGAGGAGGAGGGUGCUUCUCUUCCAAUUUAUGCUGAGAUCUGGAGGACUUAAUGCUUAUAAGAAGAGAUGCAAGCGCAGAGCGCGAGUCUGCUGAUGUGGCCAAACAAGGCAGACCCAGCCGCUACUUGACUGAGGUGGCUACUUGGAGCAGCACAGACCUGCCCUGCCUAUCGCGAGGGGGAGAGGCACCCCCGUGGCCCAGCCAGAAUUAAGAUGCCAGCAAAAGGCAAAUACUUCUUCAACGAGAAUGAAGGCUGCAAGAUAACAGACCCUUUGUAUGAGAAGUACCGCUACUCAAGCCAACAGCAUCCCCUCCUCUUCUUCCUGCUCUUCAUUGUCAUUGCCUUUUGUGCGACCCUCAUCAUCGUUCUCCUCACCCAGCAUCAACCACUGGGAGAUCAUCUUGCCUACCUUAUUACAGUCGGCACAGCACUCAUAAUUUUCAUAGUCAUGUAUGUUCUGGUUUAUUUCGAAUACUUCUUUUGGUGUCGGCUGAAAUUGUUUGCUGUUGUGAUUUGGAUCUGCUUGCUGGCCAUAGGAUAUGUCUCUAUUUUUGCCGCAGGGAAGACUCUUCAACUUGCUGCAUGGGAACAGGUGCCAUUCUUCCUGUUCAUCAUCUUCACGGCUUAUACCAUGUUUCCCUUGGGAAUGAGAGAUGCUGUGAUUGUCAGCAGCGUUUCAGCCCUCUCCCAUAUUGUAGUCCUGAGCAUCGCUGUAGCACAAAACAAACAGGAACACCCGACUCUUCCACGUCAGGUGCUUGCCAAUGCUGUCAUUUUUCUCUGCGGUAACCUGAUGGGUGCAUUCCACAAACAUCAGAUGCAGGAUGCCUCUUGGGAUCUGUAUAGAUAUACUUUAAAGUGCAUCCAAGUCCAAAUGAAGCUGAAGAUUGAAAAGAGGCAGCAAGAAAGCUUGCUUUUAUCGAUACUGCCGGCUCAUAUCUCUAUGGGAAUGAAACUAGCCAUCAUAGAACGCCUGAAGGAAACCAAUGACAGGAAGAAGCACGACAACAACUUCCACAGCCUGUAUGUGAAACGGCACCAGAAUGUUAGCAUCUUGUAUGCAGACAUUGUAGGAUUUACUCGUUUGGCAAGUGACUGCUCUCCCAAAGAACUGGUGGUGAUGUUGAAUGAACUCUUUGGCAAAUUCGAUCAAAUAGCAAAGGAAAAUGAAUGCAUGAGGAUAAAAAUUCUGGGUGACUGUUAUUACUGUGUCUCAGGAUUACCUGUUUCCUUGCCAGUGCAUGCCAAGAACUGUGUGAAAAUGGGCCUCGACAUGUGCGAAGCUAUAAAACAAGUGAGAGAAGCCACAGGAGUGGACAUCAAUAUGCGAGUUGGUAUUCACUCUGGGAACGUGCUCUGCGGUGUAAUAGGGCUUCGGAAAUGGCAGUACGACGUUUGGUCUCACGAUGUCUCCUUAGCUAACCGAAUGGAAUCUGCGGGAGUUCCUGGCCGUGUACACAUCACAGAAGCAACCCUCAGUCACCUAGGCAAAGCUUAUGAAGUGGAAGAUGGGAAUGGACACCUCAGAGACCCUUACCUUGAAUCCAUGAAUAUCAAAACUUACUUGGUGAUAGACCCGAGGUCUAAGCAGCGCACUUCCAACAACCAUCUCCCACAAACCACCAGAGUGCACGAUGGCUUGAAGAUGAGGGCCUCUGUCCGGAUGUCGAGGUUCUUGGAGACCUGGGGGGCCGCCCGGCCUUUUGCUCACCUAAACCACAGAGAGAGUGUGAGCAGUGAGACAUCUGCACCAAACAGAAGGCAUAGGAGGGAGAUAGCUCUGCAGUUGGUGAGCCGUCAGAGGACUACAGAGAGGAAUACCUCUCAGAAAGGAAGGAUGGAAGAAGAAAUUAACGACAAAAUGAUGUCAACCAUCGAGGGCCUCAGUUCAGCCAAGCCGUGGUGUGGUAAAAAAGACGACUUCCGUGGGCUGUGUGGGUUCUUGCUAUGUUUCGUAGAAAUGGAUCUUGAGAAAGAGUAUCGCACAAUCCCGAUCCCCAAACUGAGGGGUUAUUUUGCCUGCGCCAGCAUUGUGUUGCUGUGUAUGUUCCUUGUACAGAUUUCCAUAAUCCAAGGAACGUCAAAAUUAGGGAUUCCAUUUGGGGUCGUAGCUAUCAUAAUGGGGCUAAUUUUGUGUGUGUGCUUUGCUGAUGACUGUUGGAGACCCUGUUCAAAGCAGUGGCCCCCAGCCCGCUAUCUCCGCACGCUUUCAGAGAAAAUGGAGACGAUGCCUGCCGUGAGGCUCCCGCUAGCCAGUAUUGCAAUCGGCUCUCUGUUAAUCCUAGCUGUUUCUAACUUGUACACGGACCCGACUAUUGGAAACUGUACUACCCUAAAUCUGCAGCAGGUGGGCAACAGUUCUUCUGAAAACAGCGACAUACUGAGAAUUGAAGCCGAGACCUACUCAUAUUAUACCUACUGCUGUCUUCUGGGUUUCAUCGCAUGCUCUGUGUUCCUUCGAAUGAGCUUUGAACUGAAGCUUAUCCUUUUGUCAGGAGCCGUCGUUGGGUAUUUCAUUGUAUUUAAUAGCAACCUGCUUUUGUGCUCCAGCCGCAGCAACGUCAAUGACUCCACCACAAGGUUUUUUAUGAAAGAACCAAGAACAAUGACAAAUUUAUACCUCGCUCUGUUUUACAUAACCUUGGUUCUGCUGUCAAAACAGAUAGACUAUUACUGUCGUCUGGACUGCCUACAAAAGAAUAAAUUUAAACAGGAACACGAGUCGUUCGAAACGAUGGAAAACGUAAACCGGCUGCUGCUAGAGAAUGUGCUCCCAGCUCACGUCGCUGCCCAUUUUAUUGGGGACAAAUUAAACGAGGAUUGGUACCAUCAAUCCUAUGACUGUGUCUGUGUCAUGUUUGCCUCAGUACCCGACUUCAAGGUGUUCUACACAGAAUGUGAUGUCAACAAGGAAGGGCUGGAGUGCCUUCGACUCCUCAAUGAAAUCAUUGCCGAUUUUGACGAGCUGUUGCUGAAACCUAAAUUCAGUGGUGUUGAAAAAAUCAAAACUAUUGGGAGUACAUACAUGGCAGCAUCAGGACUCUGUGUUACCCCAGGCCAAGAGAAUAAUCUGGACCAAGAAAGACAGCAUGCUCAAAUUGGCAUCAUGGUGGAAUUUGCGAUGGCCUUGAUGACUAAGCUGGAUGGCAUCAACAGGCACUCAUUCAACAAUUUCCGUCUCAGAGUUGGCAUAAACCAUGGCCCUGUGGUAGCUGGUGUGAUUGGUGCUCGCAAACCGCAGUAUGACAUCUGGGGAAACACAGUCAAUGUUGCCAGUAGAAUGGAGAGUACAGGCGAACUUGGGAAAAUCCAGGUUACAGAAGAGACUUGCAAAAUACUGGAGAACCUGGGAUAUGCCUGUGAAUGCCGAGGACUUAUUAACGUCAAGGGGAAAGGAGAACUGGUGACUUACUUUGUGUGCACGGAUACAGCCAAAUCCCAAGCGCUUUGAUUCGAGCAAGGAACUGCUGAGAAGUUCGGUCAAAAGUUGUGUCUUGCUGGGCUUGGUUGUUUUUAAAAUAACUUCCCUUCCGGAAAGCCUGGAAACUCCGCCUCCUUAAGGAAAGGAGCUUAUGACAAAAACGAAUGCGGACUAGAAGUGUUAGUACUUUUAUCUCAAGAGAAAGGAUUGUGGGAAAGCUCUUUACAGCUGUGCCUGUCAAAAGAGUUUGCAGGUGUCCAUGUUGCAGACUAUUCUUUCCUUUCCCUGCCAUGCGGCCACAGGACAGAGCUCCACUUCUGCACCUUUUUCAUGGAUCCCCAGUUGAACGAAUCACCUCAUUAAAACAUUCCACUGCCUCCUCCUUUCAGACCUGGUUUAACAGUAUUGCACAUGGACACAGCACCACCUUGAGUUUGCAGCAGUCUUCAUAAGGCAAUGGGACUGAAGACUCCUCUGCCUGAGAACUUUUUAACUGGAGAUGUCAGGGGUUGACUCUGGGAUCAACUGUACACAAAGCUUGUGCUCUUAUCAUUUGGUUGUGCUUCCCCCACCCUCCCACCUGACCUUCGAGCUGCAGCUCUGCUCUAGAACUGGAUUUCAGUACCAGGAACUGUUGCACUGCCAGUAUUCUUCUCUACAACCACAACCUGGUCCUUAUAAACAUUUCUGUGGUGGUAGUCCUGUUCUGCUGCUAAACCAUACCCGGAUAUAUCAUACACAUCUUUUUUGCUUAUGCUUGUGCUAUUCCCUACUGGAGCAGAAGACAAGUGAUGUGAGGAACUUGCUUAUAUUUUGCUCACAUGGCUUAUUUUUUCUGGAUUCUGUUGCCUGGGUCUGGAAGCAUUCUUGGCCUUGGUUCUUGAAUGUGCUUUCCACUCUGGGUGGAAAUGUGUGGGUGGCUUCUCCUCGUACACCUUUUGCUUGUGCUGUAAUGUUUUUUUGCACUUCACCGGGUGCUUUUUAAUUUCAGCAGCUAUUAGUGCCCCACAGCAACACGCUUAACAUCAGCAGUGUGUGUGUGUGUAAAAAUCCAGAUUCUUGGUAACCCUGCUCAUAUAAUUGUGAGUAGCUUCAAAUACAGUUUUCGCUGCUGGCAUGGCAGUACUAUAUGGCAGGCAGAAUUGGGUGAUACACACUUUUAAAAUAUGGCACAGGGAAACUUCCAGUGUCUUCCUCAAUUCUCCUGAUAAAAAGAAGUAUAGUUUCUGGGGAUACAGAUCUCUCUCAUUCUUGUGGGUGUAACAAACCAUGGGGCAGCCCAUUGGCAGCCACGGUGCAAGUUUUGUACAAUUAGUGAACCCCUCCCUCCCUUCCAAACUAUUGUAUUGCUGGAUUUCAUCAUUGGCAAGAGGCUGCCACCUGUUUCCACAUUUUUAUGAAAAAAUUAUCAGACAGGGCACAACCAAAUACAAUGUCCACCCUGAGCCAGACUUGAACUUCGUAUGUUUAUCACCUUUUGCUAUGCUAUGGGUUUUUGCUCCAGUCCCAUUAGACAAUUUGAGGGGGGGAACCUAUUUGUUAAUUAUUAUUCUUUCCCUCGUUGUUUGUGUUGAGUAUUCAAAUGCUUUAUUUCGUUCUAGCUUCAGUGAUAUUUAGCACAAACUAAGUCAGUAUAAGGCAACUCCAAAAUUGACCACCUGAAUACUAACCUAUAUAACUAACUAGGGGAAGGAAAAAUACUAUGGGUUUCAGAACUCAUUUUGGAAACACCUCACAGCAGUGUGUUGUUACCAGCCACCAUGCAAGAUCUGUGUGAGGCAUGAUAAUUGGGAGUAGGGAAAGCACAGAAAGCUGGCUUCUGAACAAAAUGAUUUUUCAGGUAGAACUCAUUUAGUCUGCUUAAAUGAUAUGGGAUUGGAUCCAAAGAUGCAGAAGGUACAGGUUUCAGUAGAGCCUUGUACAAGAAGAGAGAAACUAAAUUGCAAAAUUCUAGUUACAGGUAGGUAGCCGUGUUGGUCUGAGUCGAAACAAAAUAAAAAAAUCCUUCAGUAGCACCUUAAAGACCAACUAAGUUUUUAUUUUGGUAUGAGCUUUCGUGUGCAUGCUACUGAAGGAAUUUUUUUAUUAAAUUGCAAAAGAUUGAGAUCUGCUUUUCCAGCUGGUUGCAGGAGCUUUAAGUACGACUCUAGAAUCUACCUGUUUUAGUAAUGGGUAAACUCUUGAGUUGUUUGCAAAUCAGGGCCAUCAGCUUAUGCUCAAUCUUUUUUGGGAUCCAAUCCACUGUACUUGCCAUUAGGUGUAUUCACAGGGGCUAACCUUGAAACUUUUUUUAUCUUAUGAAAAUUACUUCUGUCUGACAGGCACAGGAGAACCAGAAACAAACCAUUAAGUCUUAGGGGCAAGGAAAAAAAGGUGUAAAUUGUUUACAAUGUGAAAAGAAGAAACAGUUGUUUAUGUGCCCCAUGGGAGAAAAAAAGCUUAGCAGCGCAGUGCUAUGCAUGUGUACUCAGAAGUAAGUCAUACUGGGGCAGUGGGUUUACUCUCAGGUAAGUGCACAUAGAACUGCAGUCUGACUUUAUGUGGAGCACAACUGAACUGUGUUGACUAAUAUGUGGGCAUAUCCUAGGAAAGCAAAAUGAAUUGCUUUGCAUUGAAGUGUUCUAUAAAUUUAAAUGUGAAUACCAUGAAACAUUUUGAAAUUGUAUGUUUUUCCCUGUGAUUGAGAUUCUGUAGAAUGCCUUUGGCUCUGCUCCAAUUUGCAAGUCACUCUCUCGAGUAAUUUAACUGAAAUCCAACUGAAGUUUAUGGAAACAAUUCCAAGACUUGAGGACUGUGACUCUAGUAUUUUUUAAAAAGUUUUCAGAGUAGAAUGUGACUAACUGUGCAAAGAUUUCUGGCAUUCUUUGCCCUGGAUGCAGCCCUGUUGUGUUCAUUAUAAUUACUGUGUAAUUAACUUAUGCAGAGGUUGAAGUGCCUAUGUUUCAUGACAGGAACAAAACUCUUCUAGUAAAGUCCUACUGUGGCUUUAGGAAAGUCUUAGCUGUCUAGAGUAGGUCACACUGGAAAGUAGCAAGAUAGGGUAGUCCUAGGUAGGAUAAAAAGGAAACUUAAGCGAUUGUAUUUUGUUAUAGCAGCAAGUUAAUGUGAAAUAUGAUAACACUGCUUUCAGUUCUUACUUUAUUGUGCAUUUGUUAGAAUGCUUUAGUUCAAAGGAUCCACCUUUAAUCUUUAAUCCACCUUUGCAACUAUUUGCCAUUGUUUGGCAUCAGUUAUCAAUCGUCAUAUGCCAACAGCAGAAACUCGUGAGAAAUGCAAGUAUUAAUGUUUGUUUCUGUUCACAUUCUACUGCAAGUCAAGGUAACUUGUCUACCUUCUGUUUUAAUUCUAAGUUUCCCAGAUUAAAAAUUUAGGGUGCGUUUGUUGCCUAAUUGCUCUUCUUUUGUAUCAUUUCAAAUGAGUUUCAGAAAAGUAAAUCUUUCAUUCUUGCUUUACAUGAUCACUUUACCCAGGCUAUUAUAAUGAAUGGGCAACAUUACAUGAAGCACCUCUUUCCCUCCAUUUAACUGUCAACAAAGGAAAGACAUUGUGCUGCCUGAGAUAAAAAAAAAAACCCAAAGCAGGCCUCUUUGCUAGUUUCUUUUUUAUGUUACCAGUUUGCUUUUGGAGCAUGUUCAAGGGAAAGCAGUCAGCUGUUCCAGUCUAAGGCUGCUGCCCUGUGUACAUCUCUAAAUGGAUUCUGCUGGAUGUGAGUAAACUCAAUAAGGCAUUGUUAUGUCUGAUGUGAUGUGAAAACUUGUCUAGGGCGACUCAUUUACAUAUGUUCCUGUAUAUGAGACCCAGAACUCAAUUUAAAUUGAACAUUGUUCCCCACGGCAGCCAUUUCCAGUGGCCAUAAGCUUUCCUUUUGCUUCGUCAUGUGACUUCCUGUAAUAAUAAAUGCACCAUUUUAAAUGUCAAAUUUAAGGCUUUCUUGCCCAUUGUCACCCCAGUCCUGUAUGACUCAAGUAAUGCCUGCAGAAUAGAGGCAGCAUCUAAUGUAACAAGAUUUGUGUGAAUGUAAACCAGGCAUCCCCAAACUGCGGCCCUCCAGAUGUUUUGGCCUACAACUCCCAUGAUCCCUAGCUAACAGGACCAGUGGUCGGGGAAGAUGGGAAUUGUAGUCCAAAACAUCUGGAGGGCCGAAGUUUGGGGAUGCCUGAUGUAAACUGCAACUUCCU